ACAGAACAAAAAUACGAGACAGGUCUGUGCAGGUGGUGGUGGGUGGGAGAGUAGUACAUAUAGCCAGGGGUCAUAACCAGCAGGCAGUUGCAGUGAUGAGGCAGGAGCGAGUUGCUGACUUCGGAGAAGGGGCCACUCCAACACAUUACGUGAAGACGCUCGCAGAAUGGCUGCGAAUGGGUGCAAAGGACGACUUUUAUCCCUUUUGGACUACAGAACGGAAAAAUACAUAGUGGCCAAAAAUAAAACAGUCGGGGUUUUGUACAGACUCAUCCAGUUAUCUAUCAUCGGUUACAUUAUAGGGUGGGUUUUCUUAAGCAAAAAGGGCUACCAGGAAAAAGACGAGGCCAUCCAAAGCACAGUGAUCACUAAACUGAAAGGGGUCUCGGUGACCAACACCACCGAGUCAGGCUUGCUGAUGUGGGGACCAGAAGACUACGUCAUCCCUCCACAGGGUGAAGCUGUUCUUUUUGUUGUCACUAAUUUCCUAGAGACACCCAAUCAGAAGCUGGGAUACUGUGCUGAGAGCCCCAAAGUGCUGGAUGGACUCUGCCAGCAAGACGGGGAUUGCGAAGAGGGAAAGCUCGUGGUGUCUGGUCAUGGACUCAUGAGUGGACGAUGCUUACACAGGGAUGAAAACGCGCCUGGAACCUGUGAAAUCUUUGGCUGGUGUCCUGUUGAAAGAAAAUUUAAACCACAGUCUCUGCUGACAAAUGCAGAAAACGUCACCAUCUACAUCAAGAAUUUUAUACAUUUUCCCAAAUUCAAAUUUUCAAAGUCCAACAUUCUGGAGACAACGGAUGUGUCCUAUCUGAAAUGUAGAUAUGAUGAGAAGCUCCAUCCUUACUGCCCCAUCUUCCGUCUGGGAGACAUCACUGCGCGAGCAGGAUACAACUUCAAUGACAUGGCAACAUUUGUUCGUGUUAUCGGUAUUAUUGUCGUGUACUUGGGUCUACCACUAAAUAGACGUAUUGUUUUGCACCAGGGUGGCUCCAUCGGCAUCCAGAUCCAGUGGGACUGUGACCUCGACAAAGGUUACUCCGAGUGCCACCCGCAGUACACAUUUACUCGCCAGGACAUCACCGCCUCCAACACCAUUGCAACAGGAUUCAAUUUUAGACACGCUCGCUAUUUUAAAAACUCAGCCGGUGAGAGCUACCGAUCUCUGUACAAAUUCUAUGGAGUCCGCUUCAACAUCAUGGUGAAUGGGAAGGCUGGAAUGUUCAAUAUUGUCCCUACAGCCAUCAGUGUCGGUUCAGGGUUAGCUUUAAUGGGAGUGGGAGUGUUUUUGUGUGACAUGAUCCUACUCUACAUCUUGAAGAACGGCACCGCUUAUCGACAGAGGAAGUUUGAAGGGUCCCAGCAAACACCAGAAAACCAGUCUGGCAUCUUAGUACUUUAAUUUUGACUUUGUAACCUAUUGUGAUAGUGUUACAAAUGUAGAACUUUAAUUUUCAAUACAAAUAAGUCCUAAUUCGCUCAUUUCUUUCUUCUGACAAAACACAAGAAAUAGAGACUGUCAUGAAAUACUGUCAUGAAGUGAAAGAUUAGCAUACAGCACACGAGUCGACAAAGCAGGGUACACAAUUG